GAUACCUACAUCAGUUUUCAGUAUUAAAUUUUAUAGUUUUUAUGGCUGCAAUGGCUCAUAAAAGUCUUUUAGGAGUGAAACCCUUUACAGAUAUAACUAGAUUAGAAGCUAUGUUCAUUGCUUCAAUGUCCUACAUCAGCAGGAGGUGACCGGGACCUGAGUAAGCAGACUGUAGAUUCUAAUAGAACCGUGGCCUUGGAUAAGUCACUCCUCUCCUCCAGACUUCAGUUUCUUCAUGUGAAAUCUGGAAAUUAUAGUGGAGCUGAUUUCAGAGUGGUACUGUGAGGAUUAAAUGAAAACACUUAGCAUAGCUGCCGGUUCCUAAUGAGUACUUUGCAGGUUUAAACUAUUAUUAACCGACUUACGGGUUAUUAUUUUAUAAGCUCUGGAGCCCAGUGACAGCGAAGUCACCCUGUUGGGUCUCCAUUGUCCCAGCAAGAUAAAGCCCUUCAGCAUUUCAACAGGAGAAGACAUUCAGCAGUAGACCUUGAGUAGAAUGGACGGCCAUAGAAACAGGUGAAAGUCAAGUCGGCUGCCCGGUGGAGAUACCGCUUGAGACAACGCAUUCUCAGACUGGACUUUAUGAGUAUAAAGUCUUUGGCGUCCUGGAGGAUUGCCCGCCGGCUCUGCUCGCAGAUGUCUAUAUGGACUUAGACUACAGAAAACAGUGGGACCAAUAUGUUAAAGAGCUCUAUGAAAAAGAAUGCAACGGCGAGACGGUGGUCUACUGGGAAGUGAAGUACCCUUUCCCCAUGUCCAACAGGGAUUACGUCUACACCCGGCAGCGGCAAGAGCUGGACGUGGAAGGACGGAAGGUCCACGUGGUCCUGGCCCAGAGCAGCUCCGUGCCACAUUUUGCUGAGAGGCCGGGCGUGGUCCGGGUGAAGGGCUACAGGCAGAGCCUGGCGAUCGAGAGCGAUGGCAAGAAGGGAAGCAAAGUCUUCAUGUAUUACUUCGAUAACCCGGGUGGCCAAAUUCCGUCCUGGCUCAUUAACUGGGCCGCCAAGAAUGGAGUUCCUACCUUCUUGAAAGACCUGGCGAAAGCCUGUGGGACCUACCUCAAGAAAACCUAAGGAGGGGACCUGGGAACCCUGCGCUCAUGGGCCGCUGCCUGCAGAAGAGCCACCACCCACGGACGCUCGGCACUUCCUCUCGCUUUUCUGUCUCCAGGGGCCGGCUCGCUCCCCAGCACGUCGGCCCUGAGCCUCUGUGCCUGACGCCCCGCUUCCUUUCCCACUCCCCCUGCCCUGGGACCCGCUGCCUCCUUCCACUGUUGAAUAUGGGUCAGAUUAGGGAAACUUCUGCUUGUUUGUUUUCCAAAGGGGAAGUCCUCAGUAGGGAACACAAUCAAUCCAUUGUGCCCUUUGGAGGGGAUGGGUGGGUGGAGGAGCUACAAUGAAAAUGUAAGAAUGCCCCGUCCAGGCAAGCUGGCUCCUGCCCAGAAUGUGAUCUCUUGCAACUCCGGAGGGGCUGUGGAAGCUACAUUCCCUGCUGAGUAGAUUCUCAGCAUAUCAAGACUGGAAGACUGUUGAUGUCCGUUUGCCUUAAGCUUUGGUGACUUGAUUUAGCUGGGAUUUGAGGGGAUAAUCCAAUAAGCCUGUGCCCAUUCCCACAGCUGGAGGGUCACAAGCUGUUUUGAUUUCAAACCAUGUUGAAAAACAAUGUAGGCCUGGCCAAACACAUGCUGUGAUUACCAUUUUUUCUUGUUCAUCCAUCUCUGGAUGUUUCUGUGUCCCAAAUGCCAUUGGGGAGGGGCUGCCAACACCUCACUAGCUCUGCAUUUUACUGGAAACUGAGGCAUCAGGAUGGCCCUGAUAGUUAGCAAAAGCCCAGGUGCUUGGCACACCACCCUGUGAUAGUGUCCUUAUGUGCAAUGUGAUGAAUUUCCCUUCUGGAACAUUUGGAGAUGUCAAAGGGAUACUAUUCCAUGGCCAGGGAAACAUAAAUGAGUGGCUUGGGCGACUCUGCACUUUUUUUCUCAGGAAUUCUACCUAAGUUGUCUGCCUCUUCCACCACCGAAAGACUUCUAGUUGCCUAUGUUUUCUCCUGAAUUUUGGUAGGGCAAGAUAUUCUGUGACGCAGCCUUGAUGAUCUCAGGGAAAAAUUUUAAGCACUGUGUGUGAUGGUAUCAAACCUUGAUUAAUGGGCAUAGAAAUUCAGGAUGUAAGGCCAGAAGCAAGGGGUUUAUUAAAAUGGGAUACCUCAGUCUGUGCAUUUUCUCUCUGGGAAGGGAAGUUAUUGACUAUCAAAUAAAUACAGAGUGGCUUCUGUUUGUCUUGUCUGCA